AUGUUAUUACAAUAUGGUGAGAGUUGGGCUGUUAGAGUUGGCAUUCCAUCUGAAGUGGCUUUAGCUAUAGCCUCCACUAUGCCAAAGCUAAAGCACCUUGAGAUUUCCUAUAUGCAACUUUGUAAUGAAGAUCUGCUCAAAAUACUCAAUAGCUGUGCUCAACUUCAAUAUUUGGAUAUUUCUGAGUGUAUUUUUUUGAAAGAUGUUGAAAUUUUGUUGAAGAAUUUCUCUGCUUUGAAGGUUGUGCCUCCAUUUAACGAUGAUUAUGAUUACUACAGUGAUUUCGAUAAAGUGUAUGGCUAUAAUGAUUUCGAAGAGUCUUAUGACUACCUAUUCCAAUAG